AAAUAGCAAACUUUCAGACUGUGGUGCAAUGGUCUUCACCAGUGACUUCUCGGUCAAGAAUGAGAGAAAAUUCCAAUUCCUGGGGAUGACUUCAUCGAAGUCGAUCCAGUCUAUCGCGGUCUCCCGCUCUUCAAGGAACAAAAUGGCGGAAAAAUUGUGCUGACGUUAGGUGUUUUGAUCUCGGUACUUUUAGCUAAUCUUAAGCUCUUCAUUAACUCUAUGUAUUCCAACUUUAUAUAUUUCGCAAUCAUAUUCGACCAGUCCACGAUGAUCUCAAGCAAUGGUUAGCAAUGAGUUCUCAAGAGCUGACGGCAGAGCUCGAAGGUGAACGUAUUCGAGAGGAAAAACAGCAAUCUUCAGUGACAGAAAAUGAAGAACAAUUCAAAGGUCCGAGAUUUUAUCCACCUGUAUACCGUCGAAGGUACGCUGCAGUAUGUGAGCUGGUAAAGAAACAUCAAGCAAAAAGGGUUCUUGAUUUUGGUUGUGCUGAGGCAAAACUUGUAAAAUCCUUGAUAAGUCAAGAAACACUGACUCACUUAGAAGAACUUGUUGGUGUUGACAUUGACAGAAAGCUUCUGGAGGAGAACAAAUUCCGCAUUCAACCUCUAACAUCAGAUUACCUGAGACCGCGUACACACCCAUUCAAAGUUUCUUUGUAUCAGGGUUCCAUAGCUGAAGCAGACAAACGAUUCAUAGACUUUGAUGUGAUUGCUUGUAUUGAACUAAUAGAACAUCUUGAACCAGACAUUCUUGAUUCAGUGCCUAAGGUAGUGUUUGGUCAACUGUCACCUAAGGUUGUCAUAGUAACAACACCCAAUGUUGAAUUCAAUGUCUUAUUCCCAGAUCUGAAGGGAUUCAGACAUUAUGAUCACAAGUUUGAAUGGACCAGAGCAGAAUUUCAAGAAUGGUCAAAUUCUGUGGCUAGCAAGUACCAUUACACUGUAACAUUUGAUGGCAUUGCUCCAGGGCCAGAGGGUACAGAGCACUUGGGUUGUUGUUCACAAGUGGCUGUGUUUGAAAGGAUUUCAUCUUCUGUUCCAACCAAUGAGUCAGGAAUAGGGCAGCCUUAUAAUCUGGUUGCAGAGGUUGAACACCCUUUUAGAAAGGACACAAGAACACAGGAAGAAAAAAUCUUGCUUGAGGUGGAAUAUAUUCUUUGGAUGUUGUCUUCUGAGGAAGAGGAGGGUGAUAACCACUUUGAGACUGAUGAAGAAUCGAUAUCUAAUGAGACGGACAAUGUGGAUAGCUAUGUUGCAGACGAACUUUGUACUGACUGUGUAACUAGUGAUGAAGAAAAUAAAACCUGCACGUACUCACUUGAACAACUGCUUAGUUUUCCAUCUCUUCUAAAGUUGUGUGGCAACGUGCAAAAACUAAGGUGUGUACUCGAGGCUUCUGCUGAGUUUCAUCUUACUGAUGAUGGAUGUGGAGUCCUUUGGCAGCAUCCUUCAUCACAACAAUGGAGCAGUGAUGGGAGUGACACAGCUUGGGAUGUAUGUGACGAAGGUCAAGUGACAGAUGAAUUCGGAAGACAUGCUCCUGCAAAGGAAGAACUGGAAAACUGGGAUGAAGAUGAGAACUUUCCAUCUUCUGAUGGACACAGCCUUAAUACGUCAAACAUGACAGAGGUCUGUUGGGAUUCUGUAAGUGACUGUAAAUUUUGGAAUGGUAAGGACUGGAGUGAACUUGAAGAAGGUGGAGCUCAGGAUGAGUUUGAGGAAGAGCACAGCAUGAACAUUCAUUACAGAGAUAAUGUAACAGUUCAACAGGAGAGUGAUGGAUCAUUGAACAAUGAUAGUGAUGACAAUGACAUUGACGACCUUGUUUGGAUUACAGAGAAUAGUACAAUAACGGAUACCAACCCAAACCAAUAAUGCUUGUACUACCAGUAAUUUUAUUACACAGAAAUCUCUCACUUGUUGCAUUAGCCAGGAUUUUAGCUCUCGUCUUCUGGUAAACCACUCUAAGUUCAACUAUUGCUUAUGCGCUAAUGUAGAGAGUAAACUAGUUUAAGACUUCUUUAACCUAAUCAAGGACUUUUAUUAGCAAUUGUUACUUUUGAUUUAAAAACUGAUCUGUGUUAAUACACGUCUCACAUUAUUUUAUUCCCCCUCCUCUCCCUGCACUCCUUUGUAUGAUGAACCAAAAUACAGUAGCCUGCAGGAUAUACCUUGAUUUAAAUUGUUAUAUUAUUCCUACAAUUUUAAAUGAUGCUUUUGAAUGUUUAUUUUAAAUCAUGAUAGUUGCUGUUGUAGAAGUGGAUCUUUAGAUAAACUGUGCAAAGUCCCUUCAAUUACAUUUUAUUUUAUUUCUUCUGUUUGCAAGAUUCAAUGUAACAUUACAUAACAAGGUUGUUGAGUUGUACAAUUCAUUAUUCUACUUGAACCACAGCUUCUUAUGUGGAGUGUACUGUUCAGUUCCCUUUUGCUAAAGCAAAGUUGUUUUGUUGAGCGGUUGAGUUAUUUUCUCCUCUCUUAUUGACCCAGACCAUUGUACAAUGUUUUCAAAUAAACUGACGUAAAUAUUUCA